GGCACCGCAAAACCCUAAGCUCCGCCUCCUCCCCUUCCCGCUCCACACUCUCCUAGGGUUUUUCGCGGCUGCGCCUCCGCUUCCUCGAGCCCGGCGCGAUGGAGUUCUGGGGUGAAGAAGUGAAGCCAGGAGUGACUGUUUCUUGCGAAGUUGGUGAUGGUUAUGUUAUCCACCUCUCACAGGCUGCAGUGGGGGAAACAAAGAAAGGGAGUGAGAAUGUAGUUGUAUCUGUCAAAGUUAAUGAUAAGAAGUUGGUCAUUGGAACUCUGUCAGCUGAAAAGCACCCUCAGAUUAUGUGCGAUUUGAUUUUCGACCAAAAAUUUGAGCUAUCACAUAGUUCGAAGACUACUAGUGUUUUCUUGUGCGGUUACAAGUCUCAGAUGCCUGAUAUGUUUGAAUCUGAUUCUGGUGAAGAUGAAGAUGAAGAGCUGGAAACUGAACAAAUUCCAAUGACAAAUAAUGUAAUUGAAAAAUCUGCUGCAAAGGUUCCUGUGAAGGACAGUAAAAAGGACGAACAAGAAACGUCCAGUGGUGAUGAUGAUCUGAGUGAUGAUUCAGAAGAUGAUAGUAUGUCUGAUGAUGAGUCCAGUGGUGAUGAUGAUAUCAGUGAUGAUUCGGAAGAUGAAGAAACUCCUGAGAAGCCUGAAGUUGGCAAGAAAAGAGCAUCUGAAACUGGCUUGAAGACACCUUCUGAUAAGAAGGCAAAGAUUUCAACACCAUCUGGCCAGAAAACAGGUGACAAGAAGGGCGUUCAUGUGGCAACUCCUCAUCCAGCAAAGCAGGCCAGCAAGGCCAGCAAGAUUCCUGCAGACAGCAAGUCAAAGGAGAAGGCCCCCAAGACUCCUGCAGACAGCAAGUCAAAGGAGAAGGCCCCCAGGACUCCUGCAGACAGUAAGUCAAAGGAGAAGGCCCCCAAGACUCCUGCAGACAGCAAGUCAAAGGAGAAGACCCCCAAAUCAGGGAGCCAUGCCUGCAAGUCGUGCAGCAAGACAUUCGGCAGUGCGGGAGCAAUGGAGGCUCAUCAGAAGGCAAAGCAUUGAGCCUAGAUGGAUACGCUGCCCAGCAAAUAUCCUCUAAUCAGCAGAAGAAAUAGUAUUUCUAGUCUUUAAAGCAUGCAUAUGGGAUAUGUCGUUAGUUGGAACAUGUCCAAUUUUUGGUCGUUUGACAGUGCUUAUUUUUCGGUGAGUUUAGUUAUUGAGCUGUUGGGUGAGGUUGAUCAGAAGCUUGUGAGCUUGAUGUAAGUUUCUGGUGCUACGAUGCUAUGGUACCCUGUGUUCCUGCGUAUGGGAGGACCCCAUCCUAUGUGAAAUCUCCCUCUUUUGUGACCUGGAUUUCUGUUUA